CAAUUCUAGCGGAGUACGCAUGCGUGAACUAAGCUGCUCGCGCCCGCGCGCGUGCAUGACGUCACAGGCGCCUAGGUCCAGACUUUAGUUGUCCGCGGGUUUUGCUGGGAAAACUCAGUUGCUCCUUAAUGCUUUGUGGAAGUCAAGCAGCUGUUUUGAAGAUUAUACUUUAAGAGGCUGGAUUGUCCUAACAAGGAGCAUCUGCAUGCUACAGAGGCUGAAACCCCAUAGCUGUUCAGCCAAUCUGUUUGAUGCCUCAGCAGUCUCUAUCUUCGGUUGUGGAAAGCCUACAGAAUUUCUGCAGAACCUUUGGAAGACUCAAGAAGCUGGCAUCUGAUGUCAGUAAAGUAUAGCAGCAGCAGCAGCAGUGGGGCUGAUGCACUCACCAGCAGGAAUGAAAGGUUUCAACAGCUCCCUAUACAUAUACACCCCUGAAUCUACUCAAGGAAGGUACAAUUGCCAAUGUCUAUGGUGUUGUGAAAUUCUUUAAGCCUCCGUAUGUUAGCAAAGGAACUGAUUAUUGCUCAGUUGUAACAAUUGUGGACCAGACAAAUGUGAAGUUAACCUGUAUGCUCUUUAGUGGAAACUAUGAAGCCCUCCCCAUCAUUUAUAAAGUUGGAGACAUUGUUCGCUUCCACAGGCUGAAGAUCCAAGUGUAUAAAAAUGAGCUUCAGGGAAUCAACUGCUCUGGCUUCGCCUCUUUGACAUUUGAAGGGACUGUAGGGAUGCCUGUCACAGCACGCACUUCCAGCAAAGUUUUUAGCUUCACUCCUCAGGACCAAAAAAUGGUAGAAGCUUUGCGGGUUUGGGCAUCCAAGCACAUCUCGGCGUCUUCAACUUUAGUGCAGCUGUGCGAUGCGCAGCCCAUGCAGUAUUACGACCUGACCUGUCAGCUCCUGGGUAAAGCACAAGUGGAUUCCACAGCAUUUCUUCUAAAGGUAUGGGAUGGAACCCAGACUGUGCUUCCCUCCUGGAGAGUCUCCACACAAGAUCUAACUUUUGAAGGUGACUUGAGUCACAUCGAACGGCUACAGAGUCUGGUGGUAGACAUUCUAGUCUACGAUAACCACGUUCAAGUGGCGAGAUCCAUCGAGGUUGGAUGCUUUCUAAGACUCUAUAGCCUCCAUACAAAACUUCAGCCUGGAAAUUCAGAAACCAGCAGUUCUGAAUCAUUAAGGCUGGAGUUCCAUCUCCACGGAGGGACCAGUUAUGGUCGGGGCAUUAGGGUUUUGCCAGAUACAAGCCCUUGUGUGGAUCAGCUGAAAAAAGCUUUAGAAGGUGCAAAUUUGCCAGUCACUGAGACCUCAACUGGUAUCUGUCAAUCAGAAAAUGGGGACAGCUCUGCACUAUCAAACUCAGGAUCAGGUGCAGUAUCACCUUAUGAAGAAGAACGAUGUCAACAAGUCUCUGCUACAAUACUUACCAAUCACCAACAUUUAGAGAAAACACCACUGUGUGCCAUCUUGACGCAAAAAGCUCCUCAACAAUAUCGAGUCCGCGCCAAACUGAGAUCCUAUUUGCCCAGGAGACUUUCCCAGUCUGUUAAACUUCUCUGUCCUAAAUGUCAUUCAGUACAAGAAGUUCCACAUGGGGACAGUUUGGAUAAAAUUUUGCAAGAUGCUGCAACUGAAGCUCCAGACAUCAAGCUGAAAGCGACAUCAUUGUAUUAUUCAAAAGUCUGGACCACUGAAGACCAGGGCGGACGGCAGGUCGCUGUUCAUUUUGUGAAAAAUAAUGGCAUUCUCCCUGCUUCAAGUGAAUGUCUAAUUUUGAUAGAAGGAGGAAGGCUCUGCGAAGUCUCUAAACUGUCCAGCAAGUUCCACAGUGUGAUGCCUGUGCGGUCCGGCCCUGAGAGCCUGGAGCUCCUUACCCUUUCAGCCCCGUUCCUCAUACAGGGAAAGGUGCAUCACUAUGGAUGUAAACAGUGCUCAAGCUUGAAACCUAUACAAAAUCUAAACUCCCGUUUUCAUAAAGGACCGUGGACUCCUUCCUCUGUGGCAGAAGCCCUGGGCGUUGUGCCGCUGCAGUAUGUGUUUGUUAUGGUUUUCACUCUGGAUGACGGGACAGGGGUGUUGGAAGCUUACCUCAAGGAUUCUGAACACUUUUUCAAGAUCCCAGCAUCUGAAGUCCUCACUGAUGACGACCUUCAGAGAAGUCUAGAAACGAUCAUGGAUAUGAUAUGUCCCCCAGGAAUAAAAGUUGAUGCAUACCCAUGGCUAGAGUGCCUCCUCAAGUCCUACAAUGUCACCAUCGGAACAGAGCGACGAAUUUGCUACCAGAUUUUUGAUACUACAGUUGCAGAAAAUGUUGUCUAGUACUGCCAUUGAGUGCAGUGUGUAUGGGAUUUUACAGUUUUAGAAAAGAUCAUGACUCUUUGAGAUUCCCAGAAGACAUUUUGCUAUUGUGAAAAAGUGUUUUAUCCUUUUUCACUAUAGUUUAGUAAUUUGUACAGAAAAAUAUUUUAUUGUUAUUUAUGCUGUCUUGUGAACAUAUCAAAAAUCCCUUGUUGCUCAUCAUGUCGUGGGAGGUACAAAAUGAGGCAGCACUGGUUGGGGAGAACCAGGCUUUCUUGGCUCUCAUUUAUAAAACACUGGGAGCUGAUUUUACUUCUGUGCUGUUUGAUGUUUGGGUUUUUGUUGUUGUUGUUGUUGUUUGUUUUGUUUUGUUUUUUAUACCGAAGAAUCUGCUUAGCAACUUCUGAACGGAUUCUCCCUCUGCAUCCACACAUGAGUAUCAGGUUAACUGCGUGCCGGUUGAACAGAUGCUUGUCUCGGUGAGCCUGGCUGUACUGAUGUACUUUCAGAAGACGUAUGGUUUAUUUGGGUGCUCUGGUCGCCCACUUUAGCGUAAGUGUAGCUCUGUGAACCGAAGAGUAUGCCUGACCUUCAGCAUUUCUCUACAACAUUAGAAGUUGCUUCAUUGCCCACCAGCGAAUAAAGUGAUGAGAUUUAUGA